AUGGGGGAUAUCACUAGGGAUAUAGAGAAUGUGGAUAUCACUAGAGACAUAGAGAAUGUGGAUAUCACUAGAGACAUAGAGAAUGUGGAUAUCACUAGGGAUAUAGAGAAUGGGGAUAUCACUAGGGAUAUAGAGAAUGGGGAUAUCACUAGGGAUAUAGAGAAUGGGGAUAUCACUAGAGAUAUAGAGAAUGUGGAUAUCACUAGAGAUAUAGAGAAUGUGGAUAUCACUAGAGACAUAGAGAAUGUGGAUAUCACUAGGGAUAUAGAGAAUGUGGAUAUCACUAGAGACAUAGAGAAUGUGGAUAUCACUAGGGAUAUAGAGAAUGUGGAUAUCACUAGAGACAUAGAGAAUGUGGAUAUCACUAGAGAUAUAGAGAAUGGGGAUAUCACUAGGGAUAUAGAGAAUGGGGAUAUCACUAGGGAUAUAGAGAAUGGGGAUAUCACUAGGGAUAUAGAGAAUGGGGAUAUCACAAGAGAUAUAGAGAAUGGGGAUAUCACUAGGGAUAUAGAGAAUGUGGAUAUCACUAGGAAUAUAGAGAAUGGGCAUAUCACUAGGGAUAUAGAGAAUGUGGAUAUCACUAGAGACAUAGAGAAUGGGGAUAUCACUAGAGACAUAGAGAAUGUGGAUAUCACUAGGGAUAUAGAGAAUGGGGAUAUCACUAGGGAUAUAGAGAAUGGGGAGGAUAUAGAGAAUGGGGAUAUCACUAGGGAUAUAGAGAAUAGGGGAUAUCACUAG